AACACCUACCUUAAUGGGGCAUUUGAAAUAGGUUUAGUAGCCAUUGACGGGCGUGUUCUCUACGGACCAAACGGUAAACCAGCCAGGCAAAGGGUCCGGAAGUGGCAUAAUGACAUGGCCGACGUACACGUACUGCUGAGCAGCGAGGAAACAACUGCUGCCUUCCGCCUUCUCAACAAGCAACUUGAUUUUUUGAAGCAUCUUAUAAGAGAACAAGACCCCGAGUUGCUAUUACUAACAUUCCACGACAUCUUCGACCUGGAACCCAACCUCGCGGAGUCGCUCCUUGUCUUUGUGUGUAGGAUGCACCAGGCCAUAUUUGGCGAACAUCACCCCCUCAGCUUGAUCUGGGACAAUCUCGUUCGCUUCACUGCAAAGGCCCGCUUACAGGCUGUCUUGAGCAUGGCCGCUUCCACCGCGAAGGAAAUGGAGGCGAGGAUGGGGGCCCAGUCUGCAUACGUGGAGGCUCUGGAGUGUCUUCAGGUGGAUGUGCAUAAACAAACGGGCUCCAAGGAUGCGUUCGGGAGUUCUAGCGCUUAUACCUAUAUAAAUAAAUUAAAUAUAAGGUUCGUAUUUGAUUGUUUGGCUUAUUUCUCGCGCUAUAUUUGA